UUCAUUUACUACCAAGACUCUUCGCCACGUUGUAAUUGGUUCAAGGGGAAAUUCAACAGAACAAAGCAGGGAAAAUGAAUACUCGGUCAAGGCGAGAUGGAAUAGCCACUCGACGGUGGAGAUCAUAUCCGCGAUAGGGCGGGCCCUCAGCGUGAGUUUGGUGGGAGCGACCACACCAGAGGCUCCCUCCCCCUUUCGCGAAAAAGAAAAAGGAAAAAUAAAAAAAAAAGAACGCGAGACGAAGACUAGAGGACCAUCUCUCUCUCUGGAGCUGAGCGCUAUUCGGACACGCAUUCAUUCAAUUGCUGGGAGUGUCUGCCCGUGCCUUUUCCUCCUCUCUACCAUCAGCGUCGGUUUGGUGGAGUCUCCGCGACAAUUCGACGGCGGCGGAAGUGGCGUGCGGUGCUUAAACGUCGUCGUUUGCGGCAAUUGAUCGGCGUGUGAACUGAAAAAGGUGAGCACCGACCCUCGCAAUCAUAAAGUCAAGCGUCCGCGAUCGAGGCAUAUGCAUAGUUAGAUUUGUGGAAUUAAAUGCUCACACAGAAGUACACGUUGAGGUAAAAUAAGCUUAAGAUCCUUGUGCAACAGCAGUUGUGUUGGAAGAUGUUGGAAGGUCCAAAAUUUGCAGGACUAAUAGACCUAAAUCAAAACCAUGAUAAUUACGGGCUCUCCCAAAACUUCUACCAUAAACUUGGUGAAGGGUCAAACAUGUCAAUUGAUAGCUAUCCAAGCUUGCAGAUGAGCAAUGGUGGAGGGUCUGUUGCAAUGUCUAUGGAUAACAGCAGUGUGGGGUCCAAUGACUCAAACACUCGCAUCUUAAACCACCAGGGUCUCAAGCGCGUUGCCAACAACUACUCGGCUCAAGCCAGUGUAAACAAGGGGAAAGUUUCCCAUGGGUUGAGCGAUGAUGCACUGGCUCAAGCGUUAAUGGAUCCACAAUAUGCUACAGAAGGGCCCGAGAAUUAUGAUGAGUGGACAAUCGAUUUAAGGAAACUCAAUAUGGGGCCAGCUUUUGCUCAGGGUGCUUUUGGAAAACUUUACAAGGGGACAUACAAUGGGGAGGAUGUUGCUAUUAAGCUUCUUGAGAGACCCGAGCAUGAUAACGAAAGGGCUCUCUUGAUGGAGCAGCAGUUUGAACAAGAAGUAAUGAUGUUGGCAAGGUUGAAGCACCCAAACAUAGUUAGGUUUAUUGGUGCAUGCCGGAAACCAAUGGUGUGGUGUAUUGUGACUGAAUAUGCGAAAGGAGGAUCAGUGCGGCAAUUCUUGACAAAGCGACAAAACCGUUCCGUGCCCUUAAAAUUAGCUGUAAAGCAGGCAUUAGAUGUCGCGAGGGGCAUGGAAUAUGUCCAUGGGCUCAAUUUAAUCCACCGUGACUUGAAGUCUGAUAACCUUUUAAUUGCUGCUGACAAGUCCAUUAAAAUUGCCGACUUUGGGGUUGCUCGUAUUGAAGUUCAGACUGAAGGAAUGACGCCAGAGACGGGAACAUAUCGUUGGAUGGCUCCGGAGAUGAUCCAGCACAGGCCUUACACCCAGAAAGUAGACGUUUAUAGCUUUGGUAUUGUCCUGUGGGAGUUAAUAACGGGGAUGCUUCCAUUCCAGAACAUGACAGCUGUGCAGGCGGCUUUUGCUGUUGUGAAUAAAGGUGUCCGCCCCACUGUACCAAAUGAUUGUUUGCCCGCCCUUUCUGAGAUCAUGAGCCUCUGCUGGGAUCCUAACCCGGAUGUGAGGCCUCCCUUCUCUUUGGUGGUCAGAAUGCUCGAGGCUGCAGAAACUGAGAUCCUGACAACUGUCAGAAAGGCACGUUUCAGAUGCUGCAUGACCCAACCGAUGACCAUGGAUUGACCCUUAAAAAAAGAAAAAAGGAAGAAAUUAGACGCCGAGAAUAUAAGUUGUGUAUGGCAUUCAAGGGCGAUCAUUUCUUUGUUCAGAUCUAGGAAGGGGAAGAAAGGACAUGGCAAGAACUGCUGCUUUGUUUUGUGUUUUUUUGUUUACUUUAAAUGGAUUUAAGAAUGUGAUGGUUAGUGGUAAUAGGGAGGCUUGAUAUGUAUCUAUACAUGUCCUUUGUUUAUGUGAUUAAAACUUCUCUUGUUAAUUACUACUUGUUUGCCCUUUACCUCACCAUAAUCUUAGCAUAUCAAGGGCCUUGCAUAAUGCUCUUCUUUGCCUGCCUUCAUGUUUUUUCAUACUUUUUGAAUUUUGAAGCGCGAGGAAAUAAUUCUUAAAUGGAAGACUGUUGUAAAUUUGUAAUGAAGAUUCCUGAGUUUCGUUAGGUGGCGU